UCAAUGCAAUCUAAUGCAUAAUAAUAUAUGAUUUUUAUGAUAAAAUAAGAUCGUAAGGAACGGUAAUACUCACGCUAAUUGUAUAAUUCUGGAGAAACUUCAGAAAAACUUUUUUCCAAUUUGGCUGAGAAUGACGUCAUUUGGCUCAGUCUAUUUUUGGGUGUAAGGGGUGUAGGAUUGAACAUUGGAUUUUCAAAGAUUUAGGUUGCUUUAUAAUUUUAUAUAGGAAUUUGAUGAAGGUAUAAGUAUCGAUAACAAUUAUUGUAAGGGUCCUGAAGAAAUGUUAUGACAAGAGCGUGCUAACCAAUAUUCACGAACCAGCUCUUUUAUCCUAUAGAUGUCAGUCUAGUAUGUAAGGUCUAGAAGGCCUUAUCCAAAGUAUUGAUUUAUCAGCUUACAGUAAACACACUGCACCAAAACAUGUAUAAUGUAGCUGAUAUCUACACUAACGAGUACACAUACACACUACACAGUGUUACCACUAUACACUGAAUGUUAACAUCAUGUAAAGUUAUACACUAGAAAGUCUGGAAUUCAACUCAUACAAAGAUCUGAAAGUAGAGUACCAAACAUUAACAAGGGUAAAUAAAUGAGGAUCUAAAUGUACUGUACAUAUAAAAAGGAAAGGAGAAAACACCUUUAAUCACCUUUACAUGACUUGCAUGUCUAACAGUGAAUUACUGUCAAGCUUGAGUUUAUAGAUAUCAACAGCAUACAAGAAGAGUUAUGGGUAACACUCCAACCCCCUUGAGGGAGACUGUAAGAGCUGAUGAUGUGAAUAGAGCUGAGAGAAUGCUUAGCAACAAGACAAGUGAGAGUAGAGCUAAGCUGAUCAAUGAGGACUACAGCCCAGACUGUAUUCUGGACUCUUGUAAGAGAGUUGAUGGCAAUGCUCUUUACUAUGCUGUUGAGAGGAAUAGGGUCAAGAUGGUAGAACUAUUCCUGAAACACGGAGGAGAUAUUCACUCUCUUGGGAGAUAUGAUGAGACUUUAUUACACUGCUGUGGACGUGUGCAUGGCAAUGUUAAACUUGCAAAAAUACUUAUAGAGCAUGGAGCUGAUCUAAAGGCAACUGAUGACCUUGGGAGAUAUCCAAUACACAGCGCUUCCUCAUCAGGAUUUUUCAACAAAACACCAUUCAUUGAAUAUCUCCUGUCGACAAUGAAUGAAGCCGAUGCACGUGAUUACUUAAACAUUAAGGAUUUUUAUGGUAAUACACCCUUGAUGACUGCUGUUAAUGCUGAGAAUAUACCCGUCACUCAGUCACUUCAGUUGCUAGGAGCUGAUGACACUAUUGUCAAUAACAAUGGACAGACAGCCUUUGAUAUAGCAAAAGAAAGGAAAGCUGAAAUGAUGGAAAUUCUAGAAUCUAAACAAAGAUUGACAGAUAACAGUAAUUGAAUAAUUGAACCAAUAGAGCUAUUACAUGUCAACUUCUGAGUUGUAUUAUUUUAUAAGAUUUUAUAAUUUUUUUAUUCAAUGAUAAUGCAACUUUCAGCGAUCUAAUGGAGUGAGGAAAUAUAUCCUGUAUUUUCACACCAUAGAAAACAUAAUUUGUCU